AUGCGGUUCACCCUCUCGGCCGUUGCUGGACUAGCUGCCCUGGGCUUCGGCAGUCUCUCUCUUGCCGGCCAAACGAAAAUACACGAAGCAGGCCGCUGUGCUAUCAGAGGCAACUGCGGGAAACAGUCGUUCUUUGGCGGUGAGCUGCCGUGUCCGGACAAUGAACUAGCUAGUCUGCCGGAACAGAAGGUUCGGCAGAGGCUGGUCGACCUGUGCGGGAAGAAGUGGGAAGAUGGCCCGGUUUGCUGCAAGGAUGAACAGAUUGAUGCGCUCUCGUCGAACCUGAAGCUCGCCGAAGGGAUCAUAUCGUCGUGCCCUGCUUGCAAAGAAAACUUCUUCAACCUCUUCUGCACCUUCACCUGUUCGCCCGACCAGUCCCUCUUCGUCAAUGUUACUGAGGUGGCUCAGGUGAACGGCAAGUUGCUGGUCACCGAACUGGAUACCCUAUGGUCAGAGGAGUACCAGAGUAGUUUCUACGACAGCUGCAAAAAUGUCAAGAAUGGCGCUUCAGGCGGUAAGGCCAUGGACUUUAUUGGCGGCGGAGCAAAAAAUUAUACGCAGUUCCUGAAGUUCCUGGGCGACAAGAAGUUCCUCGGUAGCCCCUUUCAGAUAAAUUUCCUUACAGAACCCCGGCAUUCAGACGAUCAGAACAUGAAACCAGUACCUGAUGAAACGAAAUCGUGUGCUGACAAGGAUGAGGCCUACCGUUGCUCUUGCAUAGACUGCCCUGAGGUCUGUCCAGAGCUUCCCGCAAUCAAGGGAGAGCGCCAUUGCCAAGUCGGCAGUCUCCCCUGCCUCACAUUUGCAGCGAUACUAGUAUAUUCCAUUUCCCUAAUGCUCAUUGUCGUGCUGGCAAUCGCGCGGUCUGCUUUUAAACGACACCGUGCGCGAAAUAUCGAGCGUGUUCGGCUCCUACAGGACGAUGCCCCAAGCGACGAAGACGAUGAGGCCGAUGUGAUCGAAGAUACUCGGAUCCCCCAGCCGUACCCACUCAACCACAUGCUAGGUAACGCCUUCAACCGGCUGGGUGGCAUAUGUGCAAGAUUCCCUGGCUUGACCAUCUCAUCUACUGUUCUCAUCGCAUUGCUUCUUAGCCUCGGCUGGCUUCGUUUUGCGGUUGAAACAGAUCCUGUCAGGCUCUGGGUUAGCCCUAAUUCUGCUGCUGCGAAGGAGAAAGACUUUUAUGAUGCCAAUUUUGAACCAUUUUACCGCGUUGAGCAAGUGUUCGUCGUCAAAGAUGUUAAUACCGGAGAGCCAGAGCCAGUGUUGGAUUAUGACACGCUGGGCUGGUGGUUCGAUGUCGAGAAUCGUGUGCGGCGAAUGAUUUCACUGAACCAACGAUUAACACUGGACGAUGUUUGCUUCAACCCAACUGGCCGUGGAUGCGUUGUGCAGUCACUUUCCGGGUACUUCAAGGGUUCUUUUACCAACGUCAACCCAGACACAUGGCGGAGUCACCUACAGCACUGUGCGCAGUCGCCGGGUUCCCGUGAUUGUCUUCCGGACUUCCAACAACCUCUAGCACCCCAGAUGGUCCUGGGAGGGUUUAACGAAACGGCAAAUAUCUUGGAUGCCCGCUCCCUCAUCAUCACCUGGGUGGUCAACAAUUACGAACAAGGAUCAGAGAAUGAAGCUCGAGCAAUGGACUGGGAAGAGACGUUGAAGCAGGUGCUCCAAGUCGUGCAAGAAGAAGCUUCCGAGCGUGGACUCCGCGUCUCAUUCAGUACAGAAAUCUCUCUAGAGCAGGAAUUGAACAAGUCGACCAACACCGACGCCAGAAUCGUUGUCAUCAGCUACGUUAUUAUGUUUAUUUAUGCGUCCCUCGCCCUAGGUUCUACAACUAUCAGUUGGCGAUCACUUUUCCAUAACCCUAGCCACGUCCUCGUCCAGUCAAAAUUUACACUCGGAAUUGUUGGAAUUCUCAUUGUCCUAAUGUCAGUGUCAGCGUCUGUCGGCCUUUUCUCCGCCUUUGGCAUCAAGGUCACCCUUAUAAUCGCAGAAGUCAUACCUUUCCUCGUUCUUGCCGUGGGUGUUGAUAAUAUAUUCCUCAUCGUUCAUGAAUUCGAACGAGUGAACUUGAGCCACCCAGAUGAGGAGAUUGACGAGCGCAUCGCCAGAGCCCUUGGUAGAAUUGGCCCAAGUAUCCUGCUCUCAGCAACGACUGAGACCAUCGCGUUUGCCUUGGGUGUCUUUGUUGGAAUGCCGGCUGUAAAGAACUUCGCAGCGUAUGCUGCCGGAGCCGUGCUUAUCAACGCCUUACUCCAAGUGACGAUGUUCGUGUCUAUUCUGGCAUUGAACCAGAAACGUGUGGAAAGUCUCCGCGUGGACUGUGUGCCCUGCAUUGCAGUCCGCAAGGCUGCCAGUACUGGCAUUGCUGGCGACGAAAGACCUGAUUUUGGAGAAAGCCUGUUACAACGCUUCAUCCGCAAGGUAUAUGCCACCAGACUCCUUGGCCGGAAUGUCAAAAUUGCCGUAGUGGUCCUCUUCUUGGGGCUAUUUACAGCUGGACUGGGUCUGAUUCCAAUGGUAAGCUUGGGACUGGACCAGCGAAUUGCGAUCCCAAAUGACUCCUACUUGAUACCAUACUUCAACGAUCUUUAUGACUACCUCAGUGUCGGACCUCCUGUCUAUUUCGUGACGCGGGAUGUCAACAUCACCGCCAGAGAGCACCAGCAACAAAUCUGCGGCCGGUUUACCACCUGCGAUGAGUUCUCCUUGGGCUUCGUCCUAGAGCAAGAGUCCAAGCGUUCCAACGUUUCGUACAUUUCAGGAUCUACUGCAAACUGGAUCGAUGAUUUCUUCUACUGGCUCAAUCCCCAACAGGAUUGCUGCAAGGAAGACGGCAAAACAUGUUUUGAAGAUCGCCAGCCCGGCUGGAAUAUUUCCCUCUACGGCAUGCCCGAGGGUGCUGAAUUCAUCCACUACGCAGAGAAAUGGAUUGACUCUCCAACGACAGAGUCCUGCCCGCUCGGCGGCAAAGCUCCGUAUAGCAACGCCCUUGUCCUUGAUUCAAACCGCAUCAUGACCAACGCCAGCAGUUUCCGCACGGCACACACCCCAUUGCGCGGCCAGGCUGACUUCAUCAACGCCUACGCUUCCGCGCGUCGCAUCGCAAAUGAUAUCUCCAGCAACCACGGCAUUGACGUGUUCCCCUACUCCAAAUUCUACAUUUUCUUCGACCAGUAUGCGUCCAUCAUCCAGCUCACGGGUGCCUUACUGGGCUCUGCGGUUGGCGUGAUCUUCCUCGUCACCUCGGCCCUGCUAGGAUCGCUUCUCACCGGCGGAGUAGUGACGCUGACAGUCGUGAUGAUUGUGGUGGACAUCAUCGGGGCCAUGGCAGUAGUGGGAGUCUCCCUGAAUGCCAUUUCGUUGGUGAACCUCGUAAUCUGUGUUGGAAUCAGCGUCGAGUUCUGCGCGCACAUCGCCCGCGCAUUCAUGUUCCCCUCUGCACCGCUAUUGGAGAAGGCACCGGUCAAAUUCCGACACCGCACCGCCAGGGCGUGGGCGGCACUGGUAAACGUUGGCGGGAGCGUCCUCAGCGGCAUCACCAUCACCAAACUGGUCGGAAUAUGCGUUCUCGCCUUCACCAGAAGUAAAAUCUUCGAGAUCUACUACUUCCGCGUCUGGCUUGCUCUCGUCGUCUUCGCGGCAACCCACGCGCUUAUUUUCUUACCCGUGGCCCUGAGCUUCAUCGGAGGCGAUGCAAGCCAAGGAAACGUGAAGGAAGCCACCAGCACGCUCCAGAAGGUGUACUAUAAAAACCCGGAGGCCCUCCUCUUCCUCAUCCAAAUUGCUACAUCACACCACGAUGCAGACUUGAAGCAGCUGGCCGCCGUCGAGGCUCGAUCUCUUGCUAUAAAGCUAUGGGCAAAGGUUCCCGCUGCCCAGAAACCACAGGUCAGAGAGCAGCUGCUCCGCUCGACCCUGAGUGAAAGCUCUGCACUCGUCCGCCAUGCCUGUGCGAGAGUCAUCUCUGCCAUUGCAGAGAUCGACUUGACCGAUGGCGAGUGGGCUGACCUGCCGCAGUUCCUCCUGAACGCGUCCACCAGCGCGAAGCAGGAGGAGCGUGCCGUCGGAACAUACAUCCUUUACGCCGUCCUGGAGACUCUGGGUGAAGGUUUCGAGGAGAAAUUCAUGGACCUAUUCGCGCUUUUCGAAAAGACGAUCCGUGACCCCGAGAGCGCGGAGGUUCGCAUCAACACGCUGCUAGCCCUGAGCAAGCUCGCCGUCCAUCUUGACUCGGACGAAGACGAAAAGCCAAUCCAGGCAUUCCAGCAAAUUUUCCCUGCCAUGGUCAACGUCCUCAAGGACACCAUUGACCAAAGCGACGAUGCCCGGACGAUGCAGGCCUUCGAGGUCUUCCAAACCCUCCUUGGGUGUGACCCAGAGCUCCUCAACCCUCACCUGAAGGACCUGGUUAUCUUCAUGAAUCAGAUUGCCGGUAACACCAAGGCUGACGACGAUACGCGAACCCAAGCAAUCAGCUUCCUCAUGCAGGCUGUCAGCUACAGGAAAGUCCGUAUCCAGGGCAUGCAACUGGGCGAGCAGCUCACCCGCACAUGUCUCGCCGUCGCUACCGAGCUAGGUGACCUUGACUCUGACGACGAUGACAUUACCCCAGCCCGUUCCGCUCUUGGGCUCCUCGACAUGAUGUCCCAGAGCUUCGCUCCCAGCCAAGUGGUCGUUCCUCUCCUCAACGCCGUCGGCCAAUACUUCAACAGCUCGGAGCCUAGCCACCGUCGUGCCGGUAUCAUGUCUCUCGGCAUGUGUAUCGACGGAGCACCCGAUUUCAUCAGCACCCAGAUGAAGGAGAUCUUCCCCGUCCUCUUCCGUUUGCUCCAGGACCCCGACUCCAGCGUGCGCCAGGCUGCCCUUGACACCGUCGCUAGACUUGCCGACGACCUUCCUGACGAUGUCAGCAAACAGCACGAGACGCUCAUGCCAUUGCUCUUGAAGAACCUGGCUAGCGCUAUGCAAGGAUACAAUGGAGAGGAAUCUGGUCCCGCGGUCGACAUGAUCAAGUCUGCGCUUAGCGCAACUGACACCGUCGUUGACGGCAUGGAAGGCAAGGACGUCGCCCCAUACCAAUCCGAGCUCGUUCCCUUGUUGCAGAAGCUGUUCAAGCAUCCCGACUUUAAAAUCAAGGGCCACACUGCCAGCGCACUUGGAUCGGUGGCCUCAUCUGCCGGUGAUGCAUUCCUCCCUUACUUUGACGAAUCGAUGCAUAUCAUGCAGGAGUUCGCCACGCUCAAGCACAGUGAGGAAGAGCUCGAGCUACGUGCCAGUGUCAUCGAUGCUAUGGGCGAGAUGUCUUCUGGCGCUGGACCAGAACAUUUCAAGAACUACGUCGGCCCAUUGAUGCAGGCUAGCGAAGAGGCAUUGCACCUCGACCACUCACGCUUGAAGGAGAGCACCUAUCUCUUCUGGGGCGUGAUGUCAAAAGUCUACGGAUCGGAGUUCACUCCAUACCUUGAAGGCGUCGUCAAGGCAUUGAUCGCAUGUCUGGAGCAAAGCGAGACGGACAUGGAGGUUUCUCUUGGAGAUGCCGCCAAAGACCUCGUUGGCCAGGAAGUGACCAUUGCCGGACACAAAGUGCGUGUUGCUAGUACCGAUGACGACGACGAUGAUGACUUCGAGGAUAUCGACGACGACUGGGAGAACCUCAACACUGUCACCCCAGUUUCCUUGGAGAAAGAAGUCGCCAUUGAAGUGCUUGGAGACGUGAUCACACACACCGGCAAGUCAUUCAUGCCAUUCUUCGAGAUGACAAUGCAGCACAUUCUACCGCUCGCCGAGCAUUCGUACGAAGGCGUGAGGAAGAGUACCAUGUCGACCCUUCACCGAUCGUAUGCUGCGCUGUGGCAGGUCUGCGAGGAGACUGGACAGAUGCAGAAGUGGCAGCCUGGUAAGGGCAUGGCAUUAGUCGAGCCACCAACCGAAAUUAAGAAGUUGGGCGAGAUCCUGAUGAAGGUUACUCUUCAGCGAUGGACUGAUGAAGACGAUCCUUCCGCGGUCUCUGACAUCAACCGCAACUUCGCCGACAACUUGCGCUUCUGUGGCCCCUACCUGAUCUCCAACCGCCAGAAUCUUGAGAAUGUCACGACUGUGGUCACAUCGAUCAUCACCAAGCAGCAUCCUUGCCAGAUAGAGCUCGAUGCUACCGAGGAAGAUAGGGAGCUCAUGGAAGAGUUGUCCGAGUUCGACUGGAACGUCAUCGACACUGCUCUUGACGUUGUCUCCGGCCUCGCGAUCGCACUAGGCGCCGAAUUUGUGGCUCUCUGGCCAACAUUUGAGAAAUACGUCCUCCGUUUCGCCGGAAGCAGCGAAUCGCUCGAGCGAUCUACUUCCAUCGGUGUGCUUGCCGACGUGAUUGCCGGGCUCGGCAACGCUAUCACUCCCUACACGACCAACUUCUUGCGUUUGUUCACUCACCGUCUAACGGACGAGGACAUGCAAACUCGCAGCAACGCCAGCUACGCCGUUGGUCUGCUGGUCGAGAAGUCCGAGGCUGACGCUGAGCUCGUGGCCGCGUACCCAUCCAUCCUAGAGAAAAUCUCCAGGUGUCUCCAGAUCCAACAGGCAAGACUUCCUGAUAACGCUGCUGGAUGUGUUGCACGCUUGAUCCUAAAGCAUCGCGAGAACGUUCCCCUGGAUGAGGUUUUGCCUGCCCUGGUUGAAAUCCUUCCUCUGGAAAACGACUACGAUGAGAACGAGCCUGUGUAUAGAAUGAUCUGCCAGCUUUAUAAAUGGGAGGACGCAACUGUCCGCCAACUGACGCCCCGCCUCCUGCCGAUCUUCGAGUCUGUGCUGACUGGCGACAGCGACCAGCUGGACGACGAGCGACGAGCCGAAUUGAUCGAGCUCGUCUCGUGGCUGAACAAGAUGCAACCAGGCGGAGCUGCUGCGUUCGUUGAGAAGCUUAGCUCGUGA